AUGAUGAAGAAGAUGGAGGUUACUAUACCAUUCCACGAAGUCAUCACUCAAAUGCCCUCCUACGCUAAGUUCCUGAAGGACAUUCUAGCGAAAAAGAGGAAAAUCGGCACGGAAAUAGUAACCCUUAGUCCAGAGUGCAGUGCCAUCUUGAAAUAUAACCUGUCCCCUAAGAUGAUCGAUCCGAGAAGCAUCCCGAUACCCUGCAAGUUGGGCAAUGUAACGAUUAACCGAGCGUUAUGCGACCUUGGUGCAAGUGUUAGCCUUUUGCCACUCUCAAUCUACAAGGAACUAAACGUAGGAGAACUCAAACUGACAAGGAUAGCAUUACAAUUAGCAGAUCGAUCGAUCAAAUAUCCUCUUGGGAUACUACAAGAUGUGCCAUUAAAGUUAUGA